CUUGAAACAUUUAUUGAGGGUUCAAAAUGAACAAGUUUAGGUACAAGACUCUUCCCAGGCACCCUGCUACUAAAAUAAAGGCCAAGAAUGCUAAGAAAACUCAGAAGGACUUAAGGAACCGGAUCCGCCCUCAAUCGAACAGGGUUGAUGAAACCGACAGCAAACUACUUUUUCAUUGAAAGAAUUGUGAAUAUGAUGUCAUUAAGGACAUUAUCACCAGAGAUUAUGGAUUCGAGCUUACUGUUGAUGAUAACGUGGAUUUUGACAUUAUUUGGCACAACACUGGGCUAAAGUCCAAAGAUAUUAAAAGACUCAAGUCUCAUCAGAAAUAUAAUCACUUCCCAGGUAUGUACCAACUGGCCAACAAAAAUAACCUGGGCAGGAACUUAAUGAAGAUGAAUAAGAUGCAUCCCGAGGAGUAUAAUUUCUUUCCCAAAACAUGGGUCUUGCCUAAUGAUUUCUCGGAAUUCUUGAAAUAUUACAAGAAGAAUGAGGGCAAGACUUAUAUAAUAAAGCCAGCGAUGCUAUCUCAAGGAAAAGGGAUAUUUUUAACACAGAAUUGUGAUGAUAUUAACCCCCGGCAAAAUGCAGUCAUCCAGGAAUAUAUUGAUGAUCCGUUCUUGGUAGAUAAUCUCAAAUUUGACAUCAGACUUUAUGUGUUUGUCACUAGUGUAGAUCCGCUUAGGAUCUACUUAUUUGAUGAAGGUCUCGUCAGAUUUGCGACUGAGGAGUAUCAGGCUCCAACAGAAGAAAACAUGAAAUAACAUUUAUAUUCAUUUAACAAAUUAUUCCUUGAAUAAGAAAAAUAAGAAUUUUGUUGUUGAUGAUGAAAAUGGUGAGAAAGGCUAUAAAAGACCACUGAAGCAAUUCUGGGCUUCUCUUAAGAAAACAGGAAUUGACACUGAUGUAAUCCAUGAAGAGAUAAAAGACAUAAUAGUUAAAACUUUCCUUGCAGUCCAACCUCAGCUCUCUCAUGAGUACAAAUCAUGAAUCUCAGACGAUCUUGAUGGGACCAACUGUUUUGAAAUUUUGGGAUUUGAUAUAAUGCUAGAUGAAAAACUGGACCCCAUAUUAAUAGAGAUUAACCAUGCUCCAGCUUUUGGAACAGAUUCUAAUAUUGAUUUUACUUGAAAGUCCAAACUUAUCAGAGAUUCCUUCCGAAUGCUGAAUAUGUCUCUCAAACGCAAACAGAAGGUUAAAUAAAGAGAGGAAUAAAAUAUCCAAGAAUCGUCUGCUGAAUUUGAAGAAAGAAUAUCCUACCAUGGAUAAUCGCGAGACAAAGCGACUCGUUAAUACCUCCAGACACAAAUAUGAAAUGGAUGCUAAAGGAAAUUAUGAGCUCUUAUAUCCAAUACUGACUAAGACUGGAGAGAUUAUCCCUGAUAUAGGAGACAAUUAUUCUGUGAGUUGCUUCUCAAGACUUUCUACCAAAUCUGCAUCAGUUACUUCAAGUAUGAAUGAAGAAUUUAAGAAAUUCCAGAAUGAGCAAUCAAACCUAAAUGAUGAACCUAAGCCUGAAGAAGCUACUAAAAAUCUCUCAGAGGAAGAAAAAUUAGCCAAAUAAGUAUAAAAACUUUGCACAAGAUGCUUUUCAGGUCUGGGAUGACCUAAUGAAUGGCUGAUACAGAACCAGGACGAGAUUCUUGGUCUCAGAAGACCCUGAAUUAAGAACAAGCAAGAAGUCAGGUUUGGGUUCAUCCUCAAAGAGGAUCGAUCUUUCUGCUAAAAGAGUGAUUAGAAAUAAGGAAGUUCCAAAAUCUAACUUUGUCAAGACUAAUAUUAGAAAUAAAAGAUCGACUUUCCACCAACCUCAGAGACAGAAAAAUAGUUCAUGAGUGAUAUUUGGCCAGAAAUCAAUAUCAAUAACAACUGAUCUGAGCUCUCGAAGAACUUCUCAAGGAGAUCUAAAGUCAGUAGCUGAAGGUAAUGGGUGUCUUCCUAUUAUCUCUGAAGGGAAAUUCAAGCUAAAGGGUCGAGAAGCUUUUCAUCAGAAAGAAAGGAUUCCUCAAUCAAGUAAGCAUUCUCUGCCAAAAUUACCCAAAGUCCUCUAAUCCUC